AUGAGCAUUUGGAAUUCAGUUAUGGGCUUUGUGAAAACCGCACGUCACGUGGAACACCAAAAAAGCGACUUUGUGCUGCUGAUCGUGCUGGUCGGCUGCGCUUUUGACCUGGUCAACGUGACAGCCACCAUCUCGAGCAUGUCCGAAAUACAGCGCCAUUUCGACGCCACAUACUCCAACGCGUCGUGGGUUUUGUCCGCGUAUGCCGUGGCGUUCUCGGGGUUCAUCGCCGUUUCUGGCCGCAUCGGAGACAUCGUCGGGCAUGCCAAUUUAUACAUAUGGAGCUCGGUUUUCUUUGCGGUCUUUUCGCUACUUUGCGGCGCCGUGGACAGUCUGACGGCGCUGAUAGUGUUUAGAACCCUGCAGGGAGUUGCUGCCGCGGCUAUCGUGCCUUCUGGCUACGCCAUUGUUGCGCGCUCGUUCCCGCCUGAAAAGCUGGGCUCCCGCUUCUCUGUUCUGGCCGCAGGGUUCAGUCUCUCGUUUGGUGUUGGCUACAUAGUGGGCGGAGCGUUCGACCUGACGUCCGUGGGGUAUAAGGGCAUCUACUAUCUGUCCGGCGGCGUGAUGUUUGUGGACGCUUGCUACCACGCUCGUUGUGGUCGGCUUCACCGAGGCCGGCGAGGUUUGGAACUCGCCGAAAACGUAUCUCCCGCUGCUGGUGGGAGGAAUUCUGUACGUGGUGUUCUUUUUCUGGAACACCAGCAUUUUGGUGCGCAUCCAGGAAAGCGGCAAGCACUUCAAGCAGACGAUCCCGCUCAUGCCCAAGUCGCUGCUGACGACGCUGGUGCCGGUGUGCAUUUUGGUGGCUGUGUUCGCGAACUACUGCACGCUGUUUGCGAUCAUCUCGCUGUGCGCGGAAUUUUUCCAGUACGUGGAGCAAAAUUCGCCGCUACUAUCCGCAGUCAAACUGGCACCCAACCUGGUCGGCAUGUUCGCCGUGACGACGCUGCUGUCCGUGAAAAACGACAUUCUGUCGCCGUACGCCUCGUUCAUGCUGGGCUACUCGGGCGUCGUGGCCUCGACGGGGCUCUGCGCAACAUGGAACAGCAGCCACAGCCAUUUCUACUGGCGGUGGAUUCUGCCGAUGCAGGUGCUCUCGUCCGCGGGCAGCAGCUUUUUCUUCCCGCACUCCCUGAGCGUGCUGAUUGGCGCAGCGGACCCCGAAGUGCGCGGGCUUGUGUCGGGCGUGAUGCAGACAUUUGGCCAGGUUGGCGUGAGUCUGUGUUUUGCGGUGGUCACGUCGGUGCUGGGCAACGGCGCCAAGACGGACGAAAAAUUCCGCAUCUGCGGCUACGUGCUGAUCGUGGUGGCCUCUGUGGGCUGGCUGUGCUGUCUUGCGGUGUAUAUACGAGGCCACAGGACGAGAGAAAAAACCCCCGACGCAUAGUCACCCCUCCUUGGCAUAGAACAUCUGGAAGAAAAACGGGUCGUCCUGGACGAAGCUGGAGUGGUUCUCGAUCGGGAGCAGCGCGACAGAGUGCUGGCUUUGCGGCUCUGCAAGCUCGUGCAGCGUGCCCAGAAUCUGCUUGA